CGUUAUUUCUGGUUACUAAGCCAGCGAGACUCGGAGAGGAAUUUUCUCUGUAGGCAUCCCUUCCCCGGCCUUACCUGAAUUUUCUUCCAUUUUCUUUCCUUCCCUUCUUGUUCGGUAUAUUGGUGAUUGGCUUCUUUUACUUCUCCCACCUUCCCACCCUCCCUCGAUCCCGCGCUUCAUCAGACCACAGCGUAUCUAUGAACCCAUCCCUCAACCAACACUGCAAUUCGUUCAUAGACCUAGCAUCUCAUUUCGCUGCUCUCCUUACUGUUGCUGUGAUCGAAUUGUCUAUGCUCGAGUGAGAUCAUAGUCUCAUUGCUGCGUACCAGGAUUCUCCAAAGGAAGUUUGAUCUACUGUGUUUUUGUGUCUGCUACCGGCGGGAUCCAAUCCAGGGGGACUAAUAUGGAUCAGUUCGACGCAUUCUUUAGGAGAGCCGAUUUGGACGGUGACGGAAGGAUUAGUGGAGCUGAAGCUGUUUCUUUCUUUCAGGGCUCCAAUUUGCCUAAAAAUGUUCUUGCGCAGAUAUGGAUGCAUGCUGAUCAGAGAAAAACAGGUUUCCUUGGUCGACCAGAAUUUUAUAAUGCUCUCCGACUCGUAACUGUUGCACAAAGUAAGCGAGAUCUGACGCCUGAAAUUGUUAAGGCAGCACUAUACGGUCCUGCUGCAGCGAAAAUUCCCCCUCCAAAGAUUGAUCUUUCAGCUGUACCUGCCUCUCAAUCAAAUUCAAUGCCGGCUGCAUCUUCUCCACAGAUGAAUAUACCAGCACCAACCGCAUCUCAAAAUUUUCGCUUUAGAGGACAAGCGGCUCCAAAUGCGGGUGUAAAUCAGCAGUACUUUCCAGCCCAGCCAAACCCUUCCAUGAGGUUACCUCAAGCCACACCUGGUGGUGUUGCUUCCAAUAUGCAACUGGUCAGUGCUACUUCUGAACCCUCUGGAGGAGGAAAUGUAGGGGGAUCCAAUCUUUCAAACCCAAAUGACUGGCUCAAUGGAAGGCCAGGUGCCCCUGCUGCUGGGCCUAGAGGAGUUAGUCCUCCAGUGCCUUCCCCAGCUACAUCGUUAUCAUCAGCUUUAGUGCCUUUACAGCCUAUGCCUAACGAUAGAGCAUCAGUUGUUUCUGGAAAUGGAUUUACUUCUAAGUCGGCAUAUGGUCCUGAUAUGUUUUCUGUAACUCCAUCUCCACCUAGACCAGAAUCUUCUGGACUCAACAAUGCAGCUAAUAGUAGUAUUAGCCCAUCAGCCAUUGUUCCAGUUUCUGGUGUAUCCCAACCUUUAAGUAAGCAUAACUCAAUGGAUUCAUUGCAGAGUGCAUUCGUUUCAAGGCCAUUAUCUGGUGCACAGUUUCAGCUCUCUCAGUCAUCACCGGAACCUAGCAAGGAGGUUCCAGCAACAGGUCCAUCAGCACUUUUAUCUUCUGGGAUCACAACUGGAACCAGGAAUUCUACUCCUGAAAAUGCACAGGUUACUUGGCCAAAGAUGAAACCAACUGAUGUUCAGAAGUACACGAAAGUUUUUAUGGAAGUAGAUACUGACAGAGAUGGAAGAAUAACUGGUGAGCAGGCAAGGAAUCUAUUUUUAAGUUGGAGGUUACCUAGAGAGGUCUUGAAGCAGGUGUGGGACUUAUCUGAUCAAGACAAUGACAGCAUGCUUUCUCUCAGAGAGUUUUGUUUUGCUUUAUAUCUAAUGGAACGUUACAGGGAAGGUCGGCCUCUUCCAGCUGUGCUUCCAAAUAAUGUAAUGUAUGAUGAGACUCUGCUGUCCAUGACAGGACAGUCAAACAUUGUCCAUCCAAAUGCAGCUUGGGGUCCUCAUCCUGGAUUUGGACACCAGCAACCUGUGGUCACCGCUCGGUCAAUGGCACCACCAACUCCCGGACCGAGGCCCCCAACAAGUGUUAUUGCUUCCAAGGCUGAUGGUGCUAAAUUAUCCAAUGAUCAGAAAUCAAGGGCUCCAGUGUUGGAGGAUUCAUUUUUGGACCAGUCUGGCAAGGGCCAACCAAAUUCUGCUAGCUCAAAUGCUCAAGAGGCUACAGCAUCAGAGAAAAAGGUUGGAGAGACAGCGAAUGUUAUUUUGGAUUCAAGAGAAAAGGUUGAAUUCUAUCGCACAACGAUGCAGGAACUUGUUCUACAUAAAAGCAGAUGUGACAAUAGAUUGAAUGAGAUCACAGAAAGGGCAUCAGCUGACAAGCGCGAGGCAGAAUCAUUGGCAAAAAAAUACGAGGAGAAGUACAAGCAAGUGGCUGAAAUAGCAUCUAAGCUAACCAUUGAAGAAGCAAAGUAUCGUGAUGUUCAGGAAAGGAAAACAGAGUUGCAUCAAGCAAUUAUUAAAAUGGAACAAGGAGGAAGUGCAGAUGGUAUUCUUCAGGUCCGAGCUGAUCGAAUACAAUCUGAUAUUGAGGAGCUCAUGAAGGCUUUAACUGAACGUUGUAAGAAACAUGGAUUUGAUGUUAAGUCGGCAGCUAUAAUUGAACUUCCAGUAGGUUGGCAACCUGGAAUUCCGGAUGAUGCAGCUAUUUGGGAUGAAGAGUGGGAUAAGUUUGAAGAUGAAGGGUUUUCCAAUGAUCUUAAUCUUGACGCAAAAGCUGUUUUGGCCUCAAAACCAAAUAUAUCAGCCAGUCAGGGUGAAAAGGAUCUAGCAGAUUAUAACUCAACCCCUGAUUCACCAUCAAAUUCAAAUGGCAAAGUGGGGAAGUUCUCGAGUACCAUCAAUCGUGGCCUUGAGAGCGAAUCUGUGUAUAGCCACAGUGAAGAUGAAUCAGCAAGAAGUCCUCCAUAUGGCAGUCCAGCUGCAAAGACAUGUCUAGAGAGCCCUUCUCAUGACUUUUCAGAUGCUGGUUAUGAAAAAAGUCCGGAAGCACAUAGAAGUUUCAAUGAGUCAACUUGGGGCGCCUUUGACAAUAAUGACGAUGUGGACUCAGUUUGGGGAAUAAAACCAGUUAAUACCAAGGAGCCAGACUCUGACAAGCACAGAGAUUUCUUUGGGUCUAGUGAUUUCGAUACGGGCUCCGCCAAAACAGGAUCCCCGAAUGCAGAUAGCUUCUUCCAGAGAAAAAGCCCAUUUUUUGAGGAAUCUGUCCCUCCCACGCCUCUCUCUAGAUUUGGCAACUCUUCCCCCCAAUAUAGCGAUGCUGGGGAUCACUUCUUUGACAACUCCGCCAGGUUUGAUUCUUUCAGCAUGCAGGAUGGCAGUUUUUCUCCGCAACGUGAGAAGUUCAGCAGGUUUGAUUCCAUGAGCAGUUCUCGAGAUUUCGGCCAUAAUCAAGAGAAGUUUUCUAGGUUUGAUUCCAUGAGCAGUUCUCGAGACUUUGGCCAUAAUCAAGAUAAGUUUUCUAGGUUUGAUUCCAUGAGCAGUUCUCGAGAUUUUGGUCAUAAUCAAGAGAAGUUUUCUAGAUUUGAUUCUAUCAGUAGUAGCAUGGACUUCGGCCAGAGUAGCCAGAAGCACACCAGGUUCGACUCCGUUGGCAGCUCCAGAGAUUUCGGGCACAGUGACUUCUCUUUUGAUGACUCAGACCCAUUUGGGUCCUCAGGACCGUUUAAAGUUUCAUCAGAUAAUCAAAGUCCGAAGAAAAGUUCUGAUAGUUGGAGAGCUUUCUAACCAUCAGCCAUCAGAUCCAGCUUGAUUUUGUACUUGUAUCGAUCUCUUGUUUUUCCCAUUGUUGUCUAGUUCAUUUUGGUGAGCCGGGUGCCAUUUUUUUUGCCUGUUGUAUGGCUUGGAAGAACAUGAGCUGGAUGGUCAUAUUUUUGUAUGUUAUGGUGGUGGUUUAUGAAUUGAUUUCAUGACAUUGUUUGCUUAUGAUGACAUGUUUUGAAACAAAGAUUGAUGCGAGUUAUUCUAUUGUAA